AACAAACUUGCCAACCAACCGGUACUACACGUCAUUCAACUUCACCGAAAAAGCAAUUGUUUUCCUCUUUUUAUUUUCCUUUUGCAAAUAUUAACAAUAAAUUCUUAAAAGCAUUGUGAAAAUAACCCGUAUAUCCCUUCGUCGUCCGCUGAUAAUACGUUAUACAUUAACAAAUUGAAGAGAAAAUUGGCCGAUUUAAGUCCGACACACAACACCAAAAGAAGUUAUUCACACCAUUUUACCAAACAAAUCCCUUUAAACGACUUGCAACCCGGGGUCAGCCGGACACACUGACAUACAUACAUUCAUAUCCUGCUCUUGGACAAUUGGAGAAUCAACCAAGCAGGCGAUACACACAGAACACACUGUGAUCUGUUAAAAAGAUUCCAAACGAAAUCACAAUAAACUUGACCAGCAGUACAAGGCAACGGCCAGAGUUCAGCAGAGGAGCGGGAUAAGCAACAGCAGCAGCAGCAAAAAUGCCUCCAAAACCGAAGAAAGGAAAGAAGGGCAAGGCCAAGCCGACUCUCAUCGAUGGCGUUGAUACUUCCAACAUGAGUCGCGAUCAAUUGGAGGCCUUCGCCCUGCGCCUCAAAACCGAAAUGGAACGUGAACGUGAAGAGCGUAAUUUCUUUCAAAUGGAGCGUGAUAAAAUACGCACUUUUUGGGAGAUAACACGUGGCCAAUUGGAGGAAACCACCACGGAGUUGAGGCAAAAGGAUCAUGAAGUCGAGAUGACACAGCAGGCAGCUGAUAUUGAUGCCAAACAGAUUAUGCAACAAAUGAAACAUUUGCAAUUUGAAAAUCAAAAUAAAAUCAGUGAAGUGAGAGCCGAAGCAAUGACCCAGCUAAAAAUGGCCCAAGAAGAUCAUGAAACACAAGAAAUGCAGUUGCUUAGCGAUCUGAGGGAGUUGAAGCGCUUAAGGCGAGAGGAUCAGGAAAUGCAUGAGCUGCAAAUACAAGAGCUAAAAAUGAAGCAUAUUGAGGAAAUAACCGAACUGCGCACCAAGUUCGAAAAGGAAACCAAGGACUUGACCCUUUUGCACGAAGAAAAAAUGCAUGACUUGAAAAAUGAAAUUGAGCUCAUCUAUCGCAUGCAAAUGUUCGAAGUUGAGGAGCGUAAAAAUUUACAAAUUCAGAAAUUAAUUGAAAAUCAUGAUAUGGCCUUCAAUGAUAUGAAGAACUAUUACAACGACAUAACCUUAAAUAACUUGGGUCUGAUAAGUUCUUUGAAAGAACAAAUGGAAACCUUGCGGAAACAGGCCGAGAGAAGUGAUCGCCUGGCAAAUGAUAUGGCCAAUGAAAAUCGCAAACUCAAAGAACCUCUGGAACAGGCCCAACAAGAGCUGGUGGUAAUGAAACGGAAAUUGGAAUUCUAUGAUCGUGAUAAGGCUCAGCUGAGUCGUCUGAAGACUCGAAAUGCCCAGGUGGAGAAACAACUGAAAGCAUUAACCUGGGAAACGGAAGCAUUGCUACUGCGCAAUGAUACACUGGUCAAGGAGCGUGAAGAACUCAAGGAGAAAUUCGAAGAUGUGGUCAUUGAGCUGCAACAGAAAACUGGUCUGAAAAAUGUUCUAUUGGAACGUAAAAUCGCAAUUAUGGAGAGGGAGGGAGAGAAGCAAGAAAUUAUGCUCAAGGAAACACUGGAUACUUGUGCUGCCGUUGUAAAAUCCGUGGGCAAAGACAUUGAAUCGCCCGUUGAACUGGAGCGCAGAGUAGAAAAUGUCCUCGACGAAAAGAAUAAGCUGAUACAGGAAUUGCGUUAUGAACUGGCCCGCCUGACCAAGGCCCAUGAUGAUCUCUUGGCCACAUAUGAAGCGAAAUUGCUGCAAUAUGGCAUACCAAAAGAGGAAUUGGGUUUUGAACCCUUGCGCUCCACCUCCAAAUGGAGUUAUUUAUUGGGUCCGGCCGGUUUGGUUACCAAAAAUCCUUAAAUAUUUCAAUAAAAAAUAUAUUUAAAUUUUAAAACAAAGCUGCAUUGAA